UCACUGGCUCUGCAAUGUACUGUUCCUGUAUAAACUUGUCUCUUACAGAAAAAAGAUAGAGAUGUCUUCGACUCAAGAGACUAAAGGAGAUCAGCAGGUAUUGCUACAUCAAAAUGAUUCAGGACUCUAUUACUCUCAGCAGAAAACAAUUAAUAAUGUUGGAUACAUGAUACCUCCUUCAUCUUAUUUCUGGCUUUCUAUAUUCAGUAUGACCUUUUGCUUUAUGCCAGUGGCAGUGAUGGCCCUCAUUAAAUCAGUUGAAGCACGAACACAUUUAAAACAUGGAUAUUUUGAAGAAGCUCGUUCAGCCUCCAGGAAAGCAAAGAUAUUCAAUCUGAUAUCAAUAGUGAUUGGUCUCACUAUUCAUGGUAUUAGUGUAAUUUUUAUUGUAAUCUAUUUCACAGUUAUUGGAAAGCAUAACUGAUAUGUGCA